AUGUUUUCAAAUUCAAACGCGACGCCAACAAGCUACUUGUAUGAACGGGCUUCCAAAACGUCCGAUGACAGUGAAACCAGUUCAGAUUAUUGUAAAAAACAUCCCAAUUCUUCCGAAUGUGAAAAACCAGUGAGUAAUGAUAGUCUUACUAUUGCAUUGUCAAUUGUUUUACCAGUUAUUGCCAUUCUUUGUGUUUUGGGCUAUUUCCUUUACAGGAAUUAUCGGAAGGAUAGAAAGGAAGACUUGGAACGUGAUCCUGAUUUUUAUGAAACUGGUGAAGCUACUGCAUUACCUGAUUAUCCUGAAAUGAAACAUGAAGAUCCAUUCCAUAACAGAAACUCAAUAAGAUAUCCAAUGGAACAAAUCAAUAGAGAGAGCAAUUAUGGCGGCGAUAAUGGAAAAAGAUUUACGCAACACAUGGCGAGAAAAUCUCAAGAUCCUUAUCUAGAUAGUUUUGUUUUACCUUUUCAACAUCAAACCGGAUCGAAACUUUCAUUGGACGAUUAUGCUAGAAAUUUGGGUGACCUGCAAGGAUAUCGCACUCCAACUCCACAAACUAGAGGUAAUUCAGUUCAUAUUGAUACUGCCUUGAAAAUGAAUUCAAAUACACAUUCAAGAAAACCCAGUUCUCAAAUCAGUCCGCUGAAGAAAGUUGAUGGGAAGCAAUACACCAAUAUACCGAAUGAAUCAAAUCCUGUAUUACAGGAAGCAUCGCACGAAGUUUCAAGUAUCAUGGAUGAAUCUGGUGGCUCAGCUUCGGACGACAGUGGUGUUGUAUCCCCUCAAGAUGAUAAGUUUGGUAUAACUUAUGAAAAUGAGUCGGAAGUGCCAGUCAAUAAUGCCAUUCCACAAAUUGUGAUUCAUGAUGAUAACCACAACAACACAAAUCAUGACGACGACGAUACUGAGCCCCAUGAUUCUACUACUGACACGUCGCCUUUCAAUGACAAGAAUCAGCCACAUGAAACACAAGACACUACUUUGGAUACAAUUCCUAUGCAAACUUUGAAAAAGGAUAUGCAUGACGAUGUCCCAGAUGGAGAUAGAGAGUCUGCAUCUUCGGUUGAAUCUAAUACUAAUCCAAUCCACAAAAAGUCUACCAAAAUCAACAAGUCACCAAGAAUUUCAGCAUUUAAUUUAUUGAAAAAUGACAGUGAUGCUGAAGAUGAAGAAGGUGAAGAAGAGGAAGAAUUGGAUAGGUUGACUCCACAACAACAAGAAGAAAUUAAACGUAUGAAAUCAGUAUACAAGGUUUAUUUCGAUAAAGAAGGAGAACCAAUGAAAAGAAAUCCUGAUCAAGAAGGUGAAGAAGAAGAAGCAGAGGAAGCAGAAGAUAUUGAACCUAUCCAAGGGGAUAAAAUCAACGAUGACUUGAUGGUUGAUGCUGAUUAUGCAAAGAGGUAUAGUAAUACAUCAUCGGUGUAUAUGGAUCCAGAUGAGGCUUAUCACCAUGAACAACAACAACAACAAAUGUAUUACAACCAUUUCAAUCAACAAUAUCAACAAGAAUAUGGAGCUCCCGUUGAUCCCCAAUUGUAUCAACAAUUUCAGCAACAGCAAUACUAUUAUUAUCAAAGACAACAACAGCAACUUCGACAACAACAAAGGCCGCCUCGUCCAUUGCCUCCUUUACAACAAUUGCGUAACCCAUCAGAUCUUCGUAAAUCUACCCUCCAAACAUUUACUGAUUUUAGACCUCGUGCCAAGAACCAAACAGUCAUGUCUCCACCAGAAGGCAAACAACCAUUUGUGCCUAUUGAAAAUGACAAUGUAUGGACAUCGCCGAUAAAUUCACCAAGUAUCCAAUCACAAGCAUCGUUCCCUCAACCACAGCAUAAUCAAAGUGAUUACUUCCACCAACAACAACAACCACAGCAACACCCACAACAGCAUCAUCACCAACAACAACAACCACAGCAACACCCACAACAGCAUCAUCACCAACAUCAACAGCAUCCAAUAUAUCAAAACAAUAAACCAAAUGGUGGUAUGCCUGUUCCUUCAGCCACUCAAGCAUCACGAUCAUCAGUAGUGAUGUUGAAUCCAGUUACUGAAAUUACUAAAUCGCGUAAAUUCAGACCUGCUGGUUCUUUGCCUAGUAACAACCAAUUACAUGCCCAAUUUGGUCAUAGUGACUUAAAUGGACCUGAAAAUGACUUGUUACCAAGUAAUAGGAAAAGUGAUGUUAGAAGAAUGAUGAAUAGUAAUUUUUAA